CUGCAUUUGAAAAGCGUUCGGCUCGACAUCCGUCUUAGGUUCCUUGCUAACGGUCAUAUUAAUUUAUCUACGGACUACUCCGACUAAUCCGACAAACCUCACGCGAUAGACCAAAAACUGAUCUUGCGAGCUUGGUAACACAUAUUAUCAGAGACAACCACCCUUAGACAAAGCACGCAUCUAUCAGGACAUCGACAAAGAUAUCAUGGGCCGCUCAACGCUGCGGCAACUUGCCUCUCAUAACCUCUCCAUCUUUCGUCAUCAACCAUUGACCGAGAUAUCAGGCGCUUUUGGCGACUUGGGCACGUUUCUACCCAUAGUCAUCGCACUUACCGAAGGACAUCAGAUCUCCUUAACGACGACUCUUGUCUUCACUGGCGUCUAUAACAUCCUCACGGGCGCGUUCUUCGGGAUUCCUCUGCCGGUUCAGCCGAUGAAAGCUAUUGCAGCAGUCUCGAUUCUCAAGGGCCUUACUGCAGGGCAAACGGCAGCAGCAGGCAUAUUUGUUUCGUCCUGCAUCCUGGUCUUCAGCAUUACCGGGCUACUCUCUUGGUUCACUCGAGUCAUCCCUAUUCCGGUGGUGAAGGGCAUCCAGGUCGGAGCAGGUCUCAGUUUAAUCAUAGCCGCUGGAUCUAAAGCGCUUUCAUCCCUGUCCUGGACAACACCCUCAUGGGCUGAUAAUUAUCUCUGGAUGAUCCUGGGCUUCGUCUUCCUCUUUGUCUUCAAUCUACGGCCCCGGACUCCCUACGCACUGAUUCUCUUUCUUAUUGGGAUAGUCUUCGCGGUCAUUCGCACCACUGGAGACCAGCACCAGCAUCUUCCGGCCUUCCGUCUGUGGCGUCCAUAUACUCAGAUUCCUUCUUCUAGUGAAUGGAAAACGGGUAUUCUCGAUGCUGGCAUUGGGCAACUGCCGCUGACGACACUGAACUCGGUCGUCGCUGUUACUCAUCUGGCAGCUGAUCUGCUCCCAGAGAUCCAGACUCCCUCUGUGACCUCCAUCGGUUUCAGUGUCGCCAUCAUGAAUCUACUUGGAUGCUGGUUCGGCGCUAUGCCUGUCUGCCACGGCUCUGGAGGCCUUGCAGCACAAUACCGCUUCGGGGCCAGGUCCGGGGCAAGCAUAAUAUUUCUAGGACUCCUAAAAUUGAUGGUUGGAAUCAUGUUCGGUGAAAGCCUUACAGAUCUGCUUCACAGAUUUCCUCUGGCUUUGCUAUCAAUCAUGAUAAUCGCGGCUGGCCUAGAACUCGCGAGUGUUGGCGAAAGCCUCAACACACCACGCGCCAGGGAUCUAAGCAAAGAAGGCACCGACGCACCACACGCUGUAGGCAUCACAGAUGAAGAGAGGAAGCAAAGAUGGACUGUGAUGCUAGUAACAGCAGGACUGCUCGUCGCAUUCAAGAACGACGCAAUAGGCUUCCUAGCAGGAAUGUGCUGCCAUUGGAGUUACCGAUUACCACGCGGUCUGGCUACACGGCACCCCGGCCCAUCCAGGCCUGGAAGCAGAUCUGAAGACUCCGAUGAGCACCAGUCUUUACUACCACGAUAAGAUCAUGACACACCGCGUCUACCACGGUAUCGUCCCAUUCGAGUCCGAAUUCGUUCCCGUCACCCCACCUGCACCCUCAGCCACCAGUUGGGCCACCCUCAAGGCACCGUGCUUAGGAUGCGUCUCUUCACUCAGCUGGAUGCCCGUCGACUCCGUCGCUCGCUGACCCGGGCAUACAGCAUUGACCUUCAUACUCGGGUACAGCUUGGCGUAAUACACCAUGAGCGCAUUGACGGCGGACUUGCUUGAAUUAUACCACGGUAUGGGGACGGGCUUGCCUCCUUCCAGCGUUUUCUGGAUACUCCCCAGACUUGAAGUGAGGAACAUGAUCUUGGGGCGUUCGGACUUUUCCAGCAAGGGAAUGAGCCUGUCGGUCAAUACGCCUGUCGAUAUCACGUUGAUGUUGAACGUCAGGUAGUACUUCUCGCGAAGUGUAGCGUCAGCAGGGAGUUGCCUACCAGCUGUGCCGGCAUUGUUGAUCAGGAUGUCCAGGCGGCCGAAGUGCUGUAGAAUGGCUAGAUAGCAGUGCUCGAUAGAUUGGUCAUCUGUGAUGUCGAGUUGAAUGGGAUUGACAUUCCUGGGCGCUCCCAUGCUCGCGGCUGCUUCUUCCCCGCUGCGAGUGUCUC